AUGGCCGCUGUGGCACUAGCAAUAGCAGCCUUAGUAACCUGCGGGGGGAGCCUUCACGGCUCAGGCUUCUUCUCCAGCCCUUACUAUCCCAGGAAUUACCAUAACAACGCGGAUUGCGUGUGGCAGCUCUCAGCUCCGGCAGGCCAGACUGUCUUCCUCUCCUUCCAGGACUUAGACCUGGAGCGCUGCUGCAGCUGUGAUUAUGUGAAUGUGUAUGAUGGUCCUUUUAAUUCCUCACGCUUAAUAGGACAGCUUUGUCACUAUAACACGGGUCACAUGGAGUUCAAUUCGUCCUCGUCCUACAUGACCGUGCUGUUCAAAAGCAACUACAAUGGAGUUGGGCGUGGCUUUAAAGCCUACUUCAGCUCCAUACUUGACCAAAACACAGGCCAUGUGGGUUGCUUCUCUGACAGAAUGAACAUUGCCAUCCGUAAUUCGUAUUUGGACUCGCUGGGCCUCAGUUGGGAAGACAUUUACCUGGAUGAUCGCAGCUGCAGAGCUUCACGUGACAAUAACUAUGGAACCUUCAACUUCCCACUCAAUAGCUGUAACACCAAAAGGACGACCCAAGACGGACAUAUUAUUUACACCAAUAAAGUGCAAGCAGCUCAGUUAACAGUAGGCGAGAUCACAUGGCGUGACAAACCUUUUGUGUUGUCUGUGAGCUGUGUGAUGGAGCGUGAUUCUUCUGUUGGGAUACUUUAUGAAGCCAACGAGAUUAAAAAUGCAACCAUCCGUGGAACGGGCCGGUACAACAUCACCAUGGCCUUUUACCAAUCCAGCAGCUUUUACAACCCCGUCACCAAAUACCCCUACGAAGUGACCCUCAGUCAACAACUGUACACCCAGGUGCAGCUAACCCGACCUGACUCAAACCUCCACCUGUUCAUCGACUCCUGUGUGGCCUCACCUAACCACUAUCUCAGCUACCAUAACUACUAUCUUAUAAACAAUGGGUGUCGGAGAGACAGCAAGCUAAUCAUAUACAGAAAUGGAGGUAGUUACUUUGCUCGGUUCAGCUUCCGCGCAUUCAAGUUCCUGCACAUGCACAACCAGGUGUUCCUCAGGUGUCACGUCUUUAUCUGUGCUGACAAUGACUACAACUCACGAUGUCGCCAAGGAUGCCGUAAUCGCAGGAAACGAAGCUUGAGCUCUGAUGACCACAGCGAGGUUAUUACCCUUGGGCCCAUCACACUCAAAGGUUCAGAAGAAGCUGUGGUCCACAGGAAGAUGGAGAAUGGGGAGGGAACUUUGAAAUAGUGAACAGUGACUGAUUGUUUAAUCACAUAAGUAUAGUUAUCUUAUAAUUUUUUUUCUUUUUUUUUUUAAUCUGCGCAGUCUGGAGUUUGUUGUAAUCGCAUUUCACUAAU